UUGGCAUUUUAGCAAAAGGAGAGAAAAUCUAAAAAGUCGACCUGGAAGUUUUGCCUUGAUUUGACUCAUCCCGUGGAAGAUGGAAUCUUCGAUUCUGGGAAUUUUGAACAGUUCCUGAAGGAGAAGGUUAAGGUCAAUGGAAAAACUGGGAACUUGGGGAACACCGUUCACAUUGAACGUCUGAAGAACAAGAUCACAGUGACAUCCGAGAAGCAAUUUUCUAAAAGGUACCUGAAAUACCUCACGAAGAAGUACCUGAAGAAGAACAACCUGCGUGACUGGCUGCGUGUGGUGGCCUCCGACAAGGAGACGUACCAGCUCCGCUACUUCCAGAUCAGCCAGGACGAGGAGGGCUCGGAGCCCGAGGAGUGA